AUGCACAAGUACAUCGAAUACAUGCUCAGCCAGCUCUUCUCCAGCGCCAAAGGCCAGGACGACAAGCUCUUCACCGCAGGACCCGCCUUCGCAGAUCAUCCAGAGCCAACAAUCGAGCUCGCUUGCCCAGAAGUAGGCCCGUCUGGAUCGGAACUCCACGUGGAUCACUCGGCCAACGGCGCAGGACUCUUCCCGGGACUGAGUUGGCCCGCGGGCUCAGACGAGAUCAAGCAAUACCUGCUCGUCAGCGAGGACCCGGAUGCGCCGUUGCCCGAUCCCCUCAUCCACGGCAUCUACUACGGCAUCGCGCCAAGCGUGACAGGCGUCAACUGGGAGGAUCUCGAGCUGGCAGAUCAGAGUGAUGAGCCUUACCUCCUCAAAGGUGGAUUCAAGUAUGGCAAGAACCGUGGUGGCAAUGUCUAUAUCCCGCCUCAGCCGAUGCGCGGGCAUGGACCGCAUCGGUAUUUCUUUGAGCUCAUUGCGCUCUCCCAGCUAAUUAAUGUUACUGCGCUGAGUGCUGUGCCGACUUCAGUGGAGAUCCAGGGCGCAAUUGAUGGGAAUGUGGUUGGAUGGGGCGAGUGGGUGGGUGUGUAUGAGCGCGACUGGGAGUGA